AUGCAACCAUUCCACCUUACCGCCACCGGGUACAACAUCAACUAUUUGCCUCAGUAUAUUGCUGAUCGGCUGGGAUUUUUCCGCGAGCAAGGCCUGGAAGUCACUACAACGAUCCCUAGUCCAUGGGAUGGCGUUCUCGACGCUCUAGCCGACGGUUCUGCCGACAUGGCGCUGGGCGGACUUUGGGUUCCAUCCAUGUACCGUGGUCGGGUACAAGAUUAUACAGUCUUGGGUCAGAUCGCGAACCGCUGUCCUCUAGCACUGCUCAGGCGCACAAAGAGUGGAGACAAGUUCACCCUGGCCGAUGUGGUUGGGAAAACGGUUCUGAUGAAGUCCAUUGGCGGGGCCAGUGUCGGGCUCUUCUUCAAGAUGCUGCUGCGCGAGAAUGGGAUCGACCCAAGAAACUUGGACUUUAUCCAGGAUCUGGACGGCUUGAUGCUGGGCAACUUGUUCCAAGGCGGCAUGGGCGAUUUCUUGGUCACCGAUACCCUCUCCGCCAAAGCCAUGGCUGCACGAAACCCCAACGUCUCGAUCGCCAUGGAGAUGGCCACGCAGGGCGAGGUCCCGUGGAGUGUGUACUACCGUGAAACGUCGACCAUCACUCCGGAGGUGCUGGCGGCGCAGAAGCGAUUCUGCAUGGCGCUGAACAAAGGCAUAGACUGGGUGCUCCAGCGUGACGCCGAGUCCUUCAAGGAUGAACUGGCAGAGCUCUUCCCCAACGUGGCGAUUGAUGUGGUCGUUGAUGUGGUCGAUUCUUUCCGGAGGAACGGCAUGUGGACUUCGGCGACCAUCCCGCAGAAAGCAUUUGACCGAUGGCAGCAAGGGCUUAGUGAUGCGCGCUUUGUCCAGAAACCCUUGAUGUACCAAGAUCUUGUGGACGAUGGACCUGCGAAAGAGGCACAAAGCAACGGUAUCGCUCCUUAG